AUGUCUGUCGUUUCGCUUUUGGGCGUUAAUGUCCUGAACAACCCAGCCAAGUUCACCGACAAGUACGAGUUUGAGAUUACUUUCGAAUGCCUCGAGCCGCUAGAGAAGGAUCUCGAGUGGAAGCUCACUUACGUUGGAUCCGCUACCAGUGACCAGUACGACCAAGAACUCGACUCCCUUCUCGUCGGUCCCAUCCCCGUUGGUGUCAACAAAUUCAUUUUCGAGGCCGAUGCUCCCAAAACCGCACGAAUUCCCGAUGCAGAGAUUCUCGGUGUUACCGUUAUUCUCCUGACCUGCGCCUACGAUGGACGUGAGUUCAUUCGCGUCGGUUACUACGUCAACAACGAAUAUGACUCGGAGGAGCUCAAUGCUGAGCCCCCAGCUAAGCCCAUUAUUGAGCGUGUGAAGCGCAAUGUAUUGGCUGAGAAGCCCCGAGUGACUCGAUUUGCCAUCAAGUGGGACUCCGAGGCAUCUGCUCCCGCUGAGUACCCUCCUGAGCAACCCGAGGCUGAUCUUGUCGCCGACGGCGACGAAUACGGUGCUGAAGAGGCUGAGGAGGAGGAAGCCGCUGAAGCUGACGAGGCUGAGGCUAGCUCCAAGGCCAAGGCCAGCAACGGAGAGGAUUCAGAGAUGGCUGGUGUGGAGAACGAAGGAGAGAAUGCUCAGGAUGAGGAGGAGCUGUCCGAUGACGGCAGUGUCGACAUCGAGGGCGAGAGUGAGGAGGAGCUUGAGGAGGAGGAGGAAGGAGAGGGCGAGGCUGAGGCUGAGGCUGAGGCCGAUGGUGAUGGUGAUGCUAUGGAGGUUGACAGUGCUGAGAAGCCGGCCGCAUCAGCCGCCAAGCCCGUGAGUGUCGCUUCCUAA